AUGAUGAGCCUCAUCCGCUCUCGUGCACCCACCUUGAUCCUCUUCGGCAGCAUCCAGACUGCUAUGUGGAGUUGGGUCUACAUGCGGUGGCAACAACCGAGCGAAAUUAAGGGUCCUCUCCCUUCUCACAUCCCGAAGGGCUUCAUGGGUCGGGCCCGGUUUCGUCAGCAGCACGCCCCGUUCGCCAGCGGCUACGCAACAUACUAA